UAGCUGUUCGAAUGCUUUAAAUCUUGAUCUCACCUUUAGAAUGAGCAGCAGGAGCAGGAGCAACCGUACCCGCACCCGUACCCGGCGAAGCCACAAGCGAAGCCGCAGCGGCAGCAGCACCGGCAGAAGCAGCAGGUGGGGGAAAGGUAGUCUGGGCGCGCUUCGAGCUUCGAAACGGAAGCCAAUCUGCUCGAAUCCGGCGCAGUGCGAGCAGCGGGUCAUAGAUACGUACAUACGUCAUUACGUUGAGUAACGCGGUUUUGCAUAUCGUAUAUAGUUACCCGCUAUACAGGUAUAUUACCUGCCACUCGAACGGAUGAACCGAUCGUUGUCCGGAACGCCUUGACCCAACGGAAGUACGGGGUUCUUCGGGAUCUGGUACCACCGCUCGCAGUUGCCCCGCAGGGCCCUGCACCGCCUGCGCCGACGACUCUAGAAAAGAAGAGGGAAGAAAGUCAGUUCGCGAUCGAUUCCAUACUCGCGAAAUAUCCAACGAUCGCGGCGGUACGAUAUCGGGGUAUCGGUUGAAAACCAUCUGGCGAAAUCGAGAUCGUCCGUCGUGCGAAAGUGAUGGGAUUUCGCAUCGGACGCGGGUCCUCCCCUGCAGCUUGCGAGUCGGCCGCGGCAGCUUGUAAAAUCGCGACCAAACGAUCCAACGUUGAAUCACAUCCCGAACGAUCGCUUCGGGUCAUGGACCCUCGAUAAUACCUACGCGAUACUCGCACACCGUUCCUCGUCCAUUCAUCAUCGUCGUCGUCGACGUCGACGACGUUCAUGUACCAUAAAAUGUGCUGCAAUGUGCAUGUGUGACAAGUAUAUUUGUGACUGUGCGCGCGUGCCAUUCACGGUACCGUCAUGAUGUGCAUAUCAAUGUAAAUCUCUCUCGAAAAAUAAGAAGAUAAAAAGCCCAUGCGGUGAGCAUCCGACAACUGUCAUCGGUUGUAGCGUAUAAGUAUAAUAUCAUUGUACACACCUCGCGCACCCUCUGCGAUAUCAAUCGUUGAGAGAUCGGCGGUCGAAAUAUUCUUCAGGAGUCGCUUCGACGCGGAGCGGAUGAAGAGUUGAAAAAGAGAAAAGUAAAAUAAAACAAAACAAAACUAAUAAUAGAUAAAAUCGCGAAAGAAGAGGCGAAGAGGACACUUGGCCCGCGGAGAGGAUCUCGCGCGGGUAGUCGAAGAGAAAGGGAUGAUGAUCGGUGGUAGCGUCGCGACGCCCUGCACCGGCAAUAUAACUAAACCAGCGAGUGCUUCAGCGACAACGAACGAUAACAUGGUGGUCGUCGAAGCGAUCGGUGGAGGAGGAACGACGGCGAACUCGGGGUUCUCGUUGUCCAGUGCAACGUCCAAGUUGCUCCAGAACGCGAAAUCGGGUAACACCGCGACGAACAACAACAGCGUUAAAUGUUGCGGAGACGACGGUGUCCCUACUACCGGCAAUGGCGUCACGGUCACUCGACCCUGGGAACCUCCCUCCCCCACGCACCAGACUUCGCACCCCCCGCAACAACCACCGACGGCUCAUCAUCAGAUCAACGUCAUGCCACCCUCCGCUCUUCUGGACGGGGUCGGUAUCGGCUGCGCGGGAUCCGCGGCUCCGAGUCCUUUCGGAAACAGCAACGCUCCGAAUUCGGGUGGCGUAACGUCCAGGCAAAGACUCUUGGAACUUUCGCACGGGCUGGGAGCUCUCCGGCACUACAACGACCUGGCGAACCACGUGCUCUCCCUGAACCAGCAAGGCGCCGUCGUUACCAAGCUUUUGGGGACGUUGCGACCUCCAGGCCUGAUCGGAGGGAGCAAACCGAAGGUAGCUACGCCGGCUGUCGUGGCGAAAAUCGAACAGUACAAGAGAGAAAACCCGACGAUUUUCGCAUGGGAAAUUCGCGAGAGGCUGAUAUCGGAAGGGGUUUGCAGCAACGCGACGGCACCGUCCGUGUCUAGCAUAAAUCGCAUCCUGCGAAAUCGUGCGGCCGAAAGAGCUGCGGCGGAAUUCGCUCGCGCCGCGGGCUACGGACUCUACGCCGCGGGACCUCACCACUACUUCAAUUCCCCGCAUCACCACCCCGCGCACCAUUUGCCCGGCUGGGGUGGAGCCCACCCCUGGGUCCUGCCGCCCCUACCGACGGGAGGUUCCGUCCUUCUACCUCCCGCGCCGAGUCCCGGGGGAGGGUCGAGCGGGAGUCCGGAUCACGCGCUCCACGGAUCGGAUCCGAUGACCCGCGGAUAUCUAGACGGUGACGGGGACGACGGCAGCCUGGACGGAUCCGAGCAGCCGAAAUUCAGACGGAACAGGACGACCUUCAGCCCGGAGCAGCUCGAGGAACUGGAAAAGGAAUUCGAACGGUCUCAUUACCCGUGCGUAUCGACGCGCGAACGCCUGGCGUCGAAGACAUCGUUGAGCGAAGCUCGUGUCCAGGUUUGGUUUUCCAACAGACGAGCGAAAUGGCGACGUCACCAGCGUAUGAACCUUCUAAAACGUUCGCCACCUCACCCGGUAUCGGUAUCGGGGGGCAGCGCUUUAGAUUCGACCCGUACCGCAGGGGCUUCCUUGACUGGUAUUGCGUCAGGGGGAACCCCUGCCGGGGCAAUGGGUGGUGAGCAUAGCGCGUUUCGCGCGGUCCACGGGACCACCGGUGUCCAAAAUUCGGCGAGAUUUUCAGAAUCCGGGGGCACCGGUGGAACGGGCGGCGUCGCCGCCCAGCCCGAGAGGAAGCCGAGCGCGUUCCGCAUGAUAAGUCAACUGGUCGGCGAUUCCUCGCCGACGUCUUCGGCACCGACGAUGACCGCCAACUUGUUCGGAUUGGCGGGGAACGACGUCUCGUCGAGCGUCGCCGUCUCCCGCAUCUACAACAGCGUCGUCGCGACGCGGACCCCGACGCCCCACGACCACAACCACCGCAACAACAACCAGCAGCGUCGCGCGAGCGUCGACAACGACGAGGUCCUCGACUCCGACGAGGAGAUCGACGUCCAGGACUCCGAUCGGGACGCGCCCUCGCCCAUCACCUGGAGGGAACCCUGGCAGGAUCAGCAGCCCCUCGAAUUGACGAAGCACGACCGUUGAAAUCAGCUCCCAACGUUUCUCAAAAGUACUCGGAUUGUGAACGACGUACCGAUCGAUGACCACCACCCCCCUCCUCCCCCAUUCUGCAACGAUCCCCGUUCGUAUAAACUCAAACUCGAUAUUCCUGUAAUAAAAUUACCCGUUCGAUAGGAUUAAAUUCGAUAGGAUUACUCAUCAUUACUGUAAGUAUACACGGAUAAUUAUUAUGACUACCAAUAUCAUUAUUUUCAUCAUAUUUUCAUCACUGAUAUUAUUAUUCUAUCCAUAUAUCGUAUCAUAUUAACGAUACUAUGAAACUGUACUAUUAUAAUAAUUAUAUUAUCGGUAUAAAUUAAAGCGUACACGAUUAAUUGUGAAUAAAUUAUAUCUAUUACACACAUUAUAUAUUAAUAAUUAUAUUAUACAUACCGUAAUGCUCCAGAGGUGCGGGCUGUGUAGAUAAAUUAUAGUAAUAUAGUAUGUAAAUCAAAUUAAACAUUGAUAUCAUCAUUAAUAAUAUUAUCAUUAAUACUGUACCGUCGUUAUUAUGACACAUUAUAAAACGAUUAACGAUA